UACUUAACAUUUGCAAUGUCUUGUUUUGGAUGUUUCUUUGGAUGCAUCAAGUGCUUAAUUGUGAAGUGCAUCCGAUUCUGGAAGAAGUUUUUUGGAUUUGGAAAGACAAGUCUAAAAACUCAAAUUAUAUCUGAAAAGUGCUCCCAGACAGACCAAGCCCCAUUCCAUUUCUCUGGGAGGAAGAGUGUGAGGGUGGAGUAUUGUGACAAUCUGUGCCCCAAAAUCUUGGGGAGGCAGAAAGUAUUGGAGACAUGUUAUGAAAGGAGAUGUGUUCCUGUUCAUCAUAUUCUGACCAACUGUUCACAUGGUUGUGCUUAUACUAAUAGGAGGAAAAGAGCGAAAAGGAGAGUUUCCCCAGUAAAUACAGGAAGCCCAUUCCAGAUCCCAAACUCUUCAAAUAACAAUAACAAUUUCCUGAAUGGAUUUGAUGACAUCAUCACAGGGGAUAUAUCCUCAACAGAGUGCCCGGAAACAUCUGAAGCGAGUGCCUACACCUACAAUGAGUACGACACUAACACAGACGAGGAUGGUCACGGCCCAGGGCUCCUGAUUGACCUGUCCACACCAGAACCAGUCCGUAAAAAUCUACACCCAACACCAAAUGGAAGACUAGACUUCACAGAUGAGGAGAAUUAUGAAGACUUUGGUGAAAUAGAUGAUAUUGAGUCAGAUUUGUCUGAUCCCUCACAUAACAGUCAGAGGUCUCGGGUGACGUCUGCUGCUUAUGCAAGUCAGCUACAAAACAGAUCGCGAACUGAGCCAGGAGAUGAGGUUUUGGAUGAUAUUGAUGGAAAUUUCCAGACCCUCAAUGACAGGGUACAGUUUUUAGAGAAACAGUUAGUUCAAAUUUCAGAAGAAAAAUCAACUGUUAACACCAGUCAUUCCAAACUCAAAGAUGAGAACAGUCAUCUUAUGGAAAGGAUUCAUUCAUUAGAGGAACAACUAAAAGAUGUGGAGGUGAAAUCCCAGGAGACCCUUGCUGAGGAACAAAAAAAAUUCAAACAGAUGUUGUCCCGUGCAGAAACAGAGAAAGCAGAACAGAUGUACAUUUCUCAGAGGCUUCAGAGUAUAGAAAAAGAGUAUGAACAAUUGAAACACGAAAAUCCCAAGCUCAGACUAGAAGUAGACAAAUUAAGAGUAGAGAAGCUGGACUUGCAGGAUAAACUGACAGACACACAAGCAGAGUACAAUACACUGUAUAGUGAACACGAGGAACUCAAACAAAAAUUUGAGAAGGAAAGGCAGUCCACAGGAACUCUUUUAGAUGAGUUAGGGAAGGAACUAGAAGAAUUACGUAAAUACAAGAUUGAUCAUGGGCAGUCCUCCCAGCGUCCUCGGAACAACAGCAUGGCAGAAUUACCCAGCCGUUACCAAGCACUGAACUCUGAGGUCAAUAGGCUAAAGGAAGAGAACAAGCAACUGCAGGAUCUGAAUGAGGACCUCAAUGCCCAAAUGUUGACGCGGUGUAUCAAUGAGGGAAAGACACUGGUCAAAGAUACAAAAGAAAUGUCCUUGGCCACUGAAUUGGAGCAUUUAACCAAGGAAGAGCUUAUGGCAAGGCUUCAGGAAGUGGAAAAUGUGAACAUUAAUCUGAAAUCUUAUGUUGACAAAAUUAUACUCACCAUUCUAGAGAAGAAUCCCUCUAUACUAGAGAUUACAAAUCGGUUACCUGAGUCAGUCAGUAGUCUGGUCCCCGCCCCGCCACUCUUUGAUCACUCCAAAACGAGUGACCAAUUAGGAGUGUCGGGGGCGGGGACCAGACUCAGUCAGUCAGGUGACCUAUUGCUAUUGGCGAGGAAGUUGAAUAUCAAGAAGACGGCAAUGUUUAAAUUUCUGAGGAAGCAUCCUCCGAAAGAUAGCGAGGAGAGGGGUCAACUGAAGAAAGAACUGUUCGGAUACCGCCGGUGUCUAGAUCAUGGAUUUCCAAGUAAACCAUCUUGUAUGGCGUAUGAUGCAAAGCUAAAACUGCUGGCCAUUGGAACAAAGACAGGAAGAAUCAAAAUACUUGGAGCCCCAGGUGUGGAGUGGUCAGUAGAGCUGAGAUCUGAUGUGUCUGUCAAUCAGCUGUUUUUCUUACCUGAGCAGGGCCGCCUAUUGUCACUGUGCAGUGACAACACCGUGUACCUUUGGGAAAUUAAUGAAAAGAGCGAUAAAUCAGUGUUGGAACAGAAGAAAGAAUACACCUUCAGUGUGGAAGAAAGUCGUAUGAAGGGAAUCUCGGUCUGCUGCUUGACCAACAACUGUGAGCAGCUACUGAUUGGAACAGAGAUAGGGAACAUCUACAUCCUAGAUCUCAACACCUUCAAACUCCUCGAUCAGAUCAUCUAUCAGGAUGUUGUCAUGCAAAAUGUUCCUGAUGACUUCAAAGUCAACCCAGGUGCAGUGGAGGCUCUGGCUGUUCACCCAACAGACUCUAACAAGUUUUUGAUUGGUUACAACAGAGGGCUGAUUGUGUUAUGGGACAAUGAGGCAAGCAAUGCUGAUCAGACAUACAAUUCCACUCAGCAAUUGGAGUCAUUGUCUUGGCACAGAAAUGGGAAGGAGUUUAUGAGUGCCCACAUCGAUGGCAGUUAUACUGUGUGGAGCUCCUCUGAUUCAACCAAUCCUAAAGAGGCUGCACUGACACCAUAUGGUCCUUUCCCAUGCAAGGCUAUCAGCAAAAUAGACUGGAAAACAGCAAAGUUAGACCCCUUCAUUAUAUUUGCUGGUGGAAUGCCAAGGGCUAGUUAUGGAGACAGGCACACAGUCAGCGUUAUGCAGGGCUCCAACAACAUUCACACUGUUCUGGACUUCACUUCUAAAGUGGUAGAUUUCAUUACUAUCUGCAGAGCAGAUGAGGCAGAGGAAUCUAUGGAGACAGAUGAGCCGCACACCCUGGUGGUUCUGGCAGAGGAGGAGCUGGUCCUGAUUGACCUGGAGACCCAGGGCUGGCCAACCUUCCCCCUCCCUUACUUUAAUAGUCUGCACUGCUCCCCCAUCACCUGCUCCCAGCAUGUCAGCAACAUUCCAGACAAUCUAUGGCAGAAAAUCGCAGAUGCAGGACAGGCACAAACCAAACACAUGUCCACACGGGAAUGGCCUAUUAAUGGUGGGAAAGUUGCAGGAGCUGAAUCUUUGACCAAGGACAUUUUGCUCACUGGGCAUGAAGAUGGCACGGUUCGCUUCUGGGAUGCCUCCAGCACGUCUAUGUCACUUCUGUAUAAACUGUCCACUGCUAGUCUCUUUAAUGUUGACAUACACAGCGAUCACAAUAGUGGUGAAGUGGAGGAGGAGUGGCCGCCGUUCAGAAAGGUGGGUAGCUAUGACCCUUUCAGUGAUGAUCCCCGCUUGGGAAUUCAGAAGAUAGCGUUAUGUCCCCUUAGUGAGACUUUAGUGGUAGCAGGUACUGCUGGUCAGGUGGUGGUGCUGCGAGCUGAGCGUGAGGAGAGGGAGCUGGAGGUCAACAGCACAACUGUCAAUGUGGUUAGUGACCGUGAUGGGUUUGUAUGGAAAGGUCAUGAAGCUCUUGGGAAAAAAGAGGGCGAAGUAACCUUCCCUGCAGGAUUUCAGCCAGUAGCGGUGAUACAGAUCAGUCCCCCAGCAGCCUGCACAGCCUUAGCAUUUCACUCAGAGUGGCAGCUUGUAGCAGCAGGAACUGCCCAUGGAUUUGGUCUGUUUGAUUAUGCUCAGAAGAAAGAGGUGACAUCUAGAUGUACUCUUAAUCCAGAGGACUUAACAGGAACAUCAGACACCCCAAUUUCAAGAAGGAAAAGUUUCAAGAAGUCCCUUAGGGAGUCUUUUAGACGUCUACGUAGGCGACGAUCGGAAAGAAGAAAAGCAGCAGAAGAGAAAGCAAAAGAAGAAAAGAAAGAGGAAGAGAAAACGGAAGGUAUAGAGGUGAAAUCUUCCCCUGUAAAAACCUCUCCUCCUGCCUCUCCAGAGGCUCGGCCUGUAGAACGCCAGGUGGAGGCUCGCAAUCCUGAGGAUUCCAUUAGUUCAAUGGUUAGAUGCCUAUACUUUGCUAGUACCUACAUCUCAGAUGUUUCAAAUACGACCUCCUCCUUGUGGGUAGGAACAAACGGAGGCCAUGUAUAUAUUUACACAAUUACUGUCCCCCAAGAAAAAAGGUCAGAAAAUGAAGUAACAGCUGUCAUAGCUAAGGAAAUCAAGCUGCGACACAAAGCCCCAGUUAUGUCCAUUGCUGUGGUGGAUGGCAGAACUAAAAUUUUACCUGAUCCAUUAGAGAUUCAACAUGCUAGAGCUAAGGAGCCCCAGGGCAAUAAUCAUUCUGUUGUCAUUUGUUCGGAAGAGCAGCUCAAGAUCUUUACAUUGCCACAUCUUAAGGCCAAAUGGAAAUACAAGAUAACAGCUGUCAAUGGAUCUAGAAUUAGAAAAGUAGCCUUUGUCAAUUUUAGGAGUAGAAGUGAUGAAAAUUACAGUGAAUGUGAUAUAGCCUGUUUAAACAACCAGGGUGAACUUAGUGUCUAUUCUGUGUCAACACUUCGACAACAAUUAGAGGCUUCAUGUUUAAAAAGAGAAGACAUCAAUGGAAUUUCAUCAUUCACAUUUUCCAAAAAUGGACAAGGAUUUUACCUUCAAUCAGCCUCUGAAUAUGCAAGAGUAACGCUGUCAGCUCGACACAUCACUGAACCUGCAUGUAGCUUGGAAUUGAAAGAUGGAAUGCGCAUACCAGAGCCAGAACCUGAACCCCCAGCUCAAGAACCGGCUCAACUAGAAGGCACAACUGGAGAGGAGGCAAUCCAAUAUGGCAGUGGAGAUAUCGCAGAGGGUCUGAACGACUCCACCCUUAAUGACUCUCAAGCCAACACCACUGUGGAAGGGGAGAUCACUCAAGAUAGUGUUCAAAUCAUGCAGGUUACCGAGGAAGUUUCCUCAUCCAUGGAAGUUACCAGGACAACCACAGUCCAAGAGACGAGGACAAUUGUGGAAGGCGAUGGUACAGAAACUACAACAGUGACAUCACACAUCACCGAGUCCUCACAGCAAGUGAACUCUAGUGGUGAUGCACCAGCUACAGGAAAUGUUGAGGAAGCCAAGACCCCACCCCCUGUUGUUACACAGAUAAUUGAGAAGACUGAAGAGGAAUUGACCAAAUUGAAGAUUUCCGAUGAAGACGAGGCAUUGAACAAGAAGCCAGUACUGGACACUACAACAGAAAUCCAAGCAACAGUGACCGCCAGUUAGAACAGAUGGGCUGGGUCAGUUUGGAGGGGAGGGACAAGGACCGAGUCCCUCCAAUAUCCCAGAUCUGGUUCAUGUCUUUAGUGUGUAGCCACUUUGUGUAUUAGGGUUGUGCAAUGCUGUUGGGCAAUCAAUGCAUUUUUCGUUAAAGACAACUUGAGAAUUAUUAGAGGAGACUUUAAGUCUUGUAAUUAGCAUAAUUAUUGCCAUAUGUAGGCUGUGUUUCAUUUGACUCAAGUGGUUCUACCUUGCAACACAACUUUUUUUACUGUAGUUAUAUUCCUUUAAAUACAAGUGUUAACGAAUUUAGAAAUGUAUUGAAAUGAUCCAUAACAAACUGUAAUCCAACGUAAGAAGUAAUAAAUAUGUGUAUUUGUAGCAGUGCAAUUUUAAUCAAUUAUGGUAUGAACUAAACUAAAUAUAAAUGAUUUGGAUGUUCCAUCUUUAUCAACUAAUUUUUAAUAUAAUUCUUAUUAUGAUUGAUUAUAUAAUAACAAAAAGAAUGUAGUGUAAGGCUUGUUGAAUGAAAUUUUUUUUUGGUAAUGAUGGUGAACCAGAAAUGUAGAAUUAUUGCAAAUGAUUAGCAUAAGAAUUUGCAAGGCUUGCACAAUUGGCAACUAGGAAUUUUAUGUUUUUGAGGACCAAUAGCUUUAACUUUUAGGAAAUAUUUUUUAAUUCCAUUUUUAUAUAUCUUUGGGUUGUGGAAUAGGUGAUGUGUGUUUGUGUGUUGGGAUUUAGGUGGAUAGAGAUUACCUGUCCAUGUCAUCUGAAUUUUCUGUCUUUGUAUUCACUCUGGAGUCUGCUGUAUAUUAGCUUUGUAGUAUGCAGUUAUUGUUAUUAAAACAUCAUCAUAUCAUCUUUUGCAAUACAUGUCAUUUUUAUGGAAUUCCUCUGACAGUUGAAAAGAACAGAUAUUUGCUUGAAUUAGGUUGUGCAAUUUCAGACAUUAUCAUUAUGUAGCUUCAGUGAUAUGGACUUGCCUUAAUUUUUUCAAUGUGCCUAAGUUGCAAUAAAUUCAUGUCUGAAA